AUGAACAUCGCAAAUCUCCUCAGUCCCCAGGACUCGCCAGCCAAAGAGGAAUCGCAGACGCCGCCGCUGCGCAGCCCCCAGCCCUCGCAGUCGCCGCUCCAGCGCCCCGGCCGCCCGGCCAAGUCGCGCAAGUCGUCGGGCCUGAGCCAGGUCCAGCAGUACUCGCCGCCGCCCCAGCUGCCACCGCAUCAGCACCCGCAUCAGCAAAACCCGCAGCAGCAGCAGCAGCAGCAGCAACAACAGCAACAGCAGCAACAACAGCAGCAGCAACAGCAGCUUGCCCACCACCACCACCAGCUGCAGCAGCAGCAGCACGCGCCGCACCACCAACCGACCCCGCCACAGCACAUCCCGCUGCCCCAGCUGCCGGCCGCCGGUGCGUCCCACUCGUAUCUGCAGUACCAGAACGUGCAGCAUGCGCCGUCGCCGGGUCCCUCGCCGGCGCACAAUGGCCGCGGCAUGCUGAGCGCGACGAGCACCCCGACGAGCGACAUCAGGAGUCCGCUCGCGCACAUAGCGGAAGCCCGCACCCCGCCCGCGUCGCAGCGCCCGCAGCAGCCGCCCAUGCACCGACACGGCUCCACCCCCGGCAUGGAUACGCUGGCAGAUCUCGCGUCGAUGCAGCAUCACCAGCAGACUACUCGCCAGAGCAGCCAGGGCUUGCGGUCGCCACAGGUCUUCCAGCGGGCUCCUUCCGUCGGCUACAACGUCCACAACAUCACCCGCACCAUGUCCUCCACUUCGGCCAAGGACAUCACCAUGCACGAGCAGCCGCGCGUCUUCCACGCCAACUCGCUCUCCCCUGCCGACAACAAGGAGAUCAACGACCUGGUUGCGAAGCUGAAGGAGAACUCGUACGACUACACGUCGCACAUUCGCCUGGUCGAGCUCCUCACCAAGGGGCUGCGCGACCACGUCCGCCCCCCCGACGCGCCGGACGCCUCCCGCGAUCCCUUCUCCUACGGGCUGCUUUCCGAGCUCCGCCGCGCCCGCCAUACAAUGCAUGCAAAAUUCGCGAUAGGUGAGGACAGCUGGGUUGCCUGGAUAAACGACGAGAAGAUGCUAGCGCGCUCCACCGAGGACCGCGUGAGCCUGAUGGAGCUUUGCGUGAAGUCCGUUCAGGAAGAGCCCAGCAGUUCCACACUCUGGCGCUUGUACGGUGAUUACAUGUACUGGCUCUGGGCGGCUGCCUUCGACGUGGAGCCUGCGGACUGGACGGAGGAGGACAAGAUGUUGGGCCGGGAAGUCUUCUCGUGGCAGGCAAUGAAGGACGUUUGGGAGCAGGCUCUGCCGGCCACUCAAUGGCACAUGAACGACAGCCAUCUCGUGUGGGAUCGCUGGAUGGAGAUCAUGCUAAGAGACCAGGAAGCUCGGCCGGAACCCCAGAAGCUCCACCACCUCCGGAACGCCUUUACCGACCGCCUCCUCAAACCCCACGCGACGUGGGAGGACACCUUCCAGAUGUUCUCCACCUUCAUCUCGCGCUACUUCAAUUCCGAGUACGAGGAGACGAUGAUGACCAUGACCAAGCGUGCAAGCCAGGCCAAGCAGCAAUUUGCGUUGCGUGAGCACCAUGAGCUGAGGAUUGACAGGGCCGUCAAAGCCGCAGACAAGGAUGCCGAGUGGGAGGCUUACUCAGCGUAUCUAGAAUGGGAGCUCCGCAACAAGGGCGUUUUCAGCUUCCACCUCAUCAAUGCCUUGUUCGAGCGUGCCACCCUUCGCUUCUCCAUUGAUGCCGCCAUAUGGCAAAAUUAUGUGGAGCUGCUCAUGGAGCACUCCGGCUCAGGCGUCGAGGUCCUUCCCGUGCUUGAGAGGGGCACCCGCCACUGUCCUUGGUCUGGGGAGCUUUGGUCGCACCGCUUACUCACUCUCGAAGCAGAAGGCAGGUCUUUCGACGAGAUGGAGAGUGUCAAGCACAGCGCCACCGAGACCGGCUUGCUGGAUGUCGGCGGUCUGGAAGAGCUUCUCAAGGUCUACAUCGCGUGGUGUGGCUUCCUCCGCCGCAAGGCCUUCGAUGCUCGUUCCUCCGAGGAUGACGUCGACAUUGCCGAAGUUGGCAUCCGAUCUGCCCUGGAACACGUCAAAGAGAUUGGCGAGAAGAGAUACGGAAAGGAAUUCCAGGGUGAUCCGCAGUAUCGCCUGGAGAGGAUCAACAUCAAGUUCAUCACCCAAAGCGGCAAUCCUGAGGCAGCCCGCGACUGCUGGAGAGCCCUCGUUCCCCGCCUGGAGAACAGCUAUGAUUUCUGGUACCGCUACUACAUUUGGGAAAUGGUCGUCUGGUCAAAAUGGUGCAUGCGGGACAAGGACAACAACCAACCGCUGGAGUCACCCCGGGAAGCUACUAACAUGCUUCGCCAGGGUCUUUCAAAGGUCGUUACAAUGGAUUGGCCAGAGGCACUCAUCGACAUGUUCAUCAACCACUGUGAGCAGAACGAGAACGUUCAAGAGUACCGCGUCGCUAUCUUCGAGUCGAAGAAAGCAAGAGCGGAAGUAGUGGCCAGACGACAGAGAGAAGCUGCUGAAGCUGCAGCAGCUUACCCACAGCAGUUACUCGCUACCACCGAGGCCCCUGCGGAGGCUUACGAGGAUCCUGCAGCGAACGGGAAGCGAAAGCGGAACUUUGAGGCUGUUGCCGAGGAGACGGCCACGAAGAAGAGCAGGCAAGCGGAGGAGGCAAGCGUAGAGCCGAUGGAACUCGAGGCGUCUUCGUCAGCAGCGGCUCAGUUGAAACGCGACAGGGAGCACACGACUGUCAUUGUCAGGAACAUCCCGUCUUCUGCUACCCAAACAAGAGUCCGCCAGUUCUUCAACGGCUGCGGUAUUAUUAACAGCAUCAGCCUUAUCCCCGACGCCAAUGGUUCCACGCAAGCAGCCACGGUUGAAUUCGAGACGCAGGAAGAUGCGCAGUUCGCGGUCUCCCGCAACGGAAAGCCUCUCGAAGGCGAAAGCGUUCAGAUCUCCCUUGGGACUGGCAGCACAUUGUGGGUCACUAACUAUCCUCCCGAGGCCGAUGAGGUGUAUAUCCGAAAGCUUUUCAAGGAACACGGUGAGAUUGUCUCGGUGCGCUUUCCGUCAUUAAAGUACAACACCCAUCGUCGCUUCUGUUACGUCACAUUUGCCAGCGCCGAGCAAGCGGAAGGAGCAUCGAAGGCUCUGAACGGCAGGCCGCUGGGAAAGAGUCUCAAACUUCGAGCACUCAUUUCGGAUCCUGCUCACAAACAAGAGCGCCACGGAGCUCUAUAUGAAGGCCGGGAGAUCUUUGUUGGAAACAUCGAGCAUGGUGCAACGGACCAAGAAGUGCAGGAUCUUCUAUCAGCAUUGGAAGGUUUCGUCAACGUGCGUAUCCCGAGGAACAUUGGUGGAAAGAUGAAAGGAGUUGCUUUCGUGGAAUUUGAUACACCCGAAAACGCGAAGAAGGCUGCCGACAUCCUGGAUGCGAAGGACUUCAAGCAGCGUAUCCUCCGCGCUACCAUUUCGGAGCCGAAGGGCAACAAACGCCUGGCCACUACCGUCAUCAGCCAACCCUCGGCCUCCCCUGAACCCGGCUCUGCUCCUGGAGAUGCUUCUGCCGAGACAAAUGGAACGGCGUCAGCCGCGAACGACCGCCGUGAGCGCACCAUCGCCCUCAUGAACAUCCCGGACACCGUCAACGAUGCACGCAUCCGCUCUAUCGUUGAGUCUCACGGAGCAUUGAAGAAGAUCAUUCUCAUGCCGCAGCACCAGGGCGCCAUCAUCGAGUUCGCUCACGUCUCAGACGUGGGGAAGGCCAGCCUGGCGCUCGAGGGCUACGAGAUCGAACCCGGACGGAAAAUCCACGUCGACACGGUGGCAGAGAUGAAGAAGACAAGGGCCGAGAAGAAGGUCGACCGCAUAGGCGGCGGCGGCCCAUCGGGCAAGAAGAAGGACGAGAAGAAGGAAGGUUCGAAGCCUGCACUCAUGCAGCCAGCUCCGCGGGUCAGCCGGCCAGGCUUGCAGGGUGCUCGGAGAGGCGGGAAGGGUGGACUCGGGAUCAAACGGGCCACGGGCCCCUCGGCAUCAGCCGCUGGCAAGGAUGUCGAGAUGCCGGAGACGGGGGCGGAAGCUUCGGGCAGCAAGAGUAAUGCGGAGUUCAAGGCCAUGUUCUUGGCGUCGAGGGAGAAAGGAAAGGACAAGGACGGAGAGGGGAAGGACGAAGGUGGUGGCGAUGGGCCGGAUGGCGGGGCGAAGGCUUGA